GAGCAGAGAGAGAUGGAAGAAGAAGAAGGAAAAGAAGAAAAAGAAGAAGAUGAUACAGAAGAAGCAGGAGGAGUACAUGUUAAUCAUGAUACAGAAGAAGUAGCUGAGGCCACAGCAGGAGAAGUAGACGAUGAUGCAUCAUUACUUCAUGGAUCUCUGCAACAAAACAUGAAGACUGAUCAUCAAGAGUUGUCUGUGCUGCAAAUGGAGAUGAACCGCAUGAAAGAAGAAAACAGGGUGUUGAGGAAGGUAGUUGAGCAAACAAUGAAAGACUACCAUGAUUUACAGAUGAAACUCUCCACAAUCCAUCAAAAUAGCCAAGAAAAGGAUCCUCAAAUCUUUCUUUCGCUUCGUGGUAACGACGAGGCUAGUCGAGAACCAGAGACGGUUCCCGAAUUUCUAGGUAUUACUAAUCAAAGAGCUCCGCCACCAACACCGUCACAACACAAGGAUGGCAUUAGGGAGAGUGAAUUAGGGUUGUCACUGAGGAUACAUACAGAUGUUGAAGAACAAGAACAAGUGGAAGGUAAAGAAGAGGAGUAUAAGGCAACUUUUACCUCACUACAAAACAAGCUACAAAGGAGUGAUUUGGCUGGAAUUACAAGCCAUGCUGCCGCCCAAGCCAACAGGAAAGCUAGGGUUUCGGUCAGAGCUAGAUGUGAAGCAGCCACAAUGAACGAUGGAUGCCAAUGGAGAAAAUACGGGCAGAAAAUUGCUAAAGGAAAUCCUUGCCCACGAGCCUAUUAUCGUUGCACAGUGGCUCCAGGAUGCCCAGUUAGGAAACAGGUGCAGAGAUGCUUAGAGGACAUGUCUAUUCUGAUAACAACAUAUGAAGGUACACACAACCACCCACUUCCUGUAGGUGCAACUGCCAUGGCUUCCACAGCCUCAGCAGCUUCCAUUAUGUUAUUAGAUUCAAGUAAUCCAACCUCCAGUUUCACCCAAGCAUCUCUUCCUUACCUCCAUGCCUCUCAUCACCCAUCAUCAAGCAUCAGAAGCAUAAACCCUAACGACCCUUCCAAAGGAAUUGUUCUUGACCUUACAACCAACUCCUAUGAUCAUCAUCAUCAUCAUCAUCAUCCCCCUCAAUUCUCAAUGCCUGCAGGCCCCUCCUCAUCAUAUCCAUCACCAUCAUCAUCAUCAUCAUCAUCUCUACAAGGUUUCUCAUGGAUGCAUGGGAAACAAACAUACCAUAACAACAACAAUCCCAAUCCUCUCACCAGCAAUCUCUUUCCUAGCCCUAGAGAAGUAGUGGAUGAAGAAAAUAAUAAGAAAUCUCUUGCAGAAAAUGUGACAGCAAUGGCUUCAGAUCCUAAAUUUAGGGUAGCCGUUGCGGCUGCAAUCACAUCUCUCAUUAAUAAAGAGAGCCAUACAAGUCAUCCUGUGGGCACUGCUACUUUUGGUCCUAGGGAUGGGGGGGAGACUGGUAGCUCUACUACCAAUAACUGGAUCCUUGAAUCUCUCCCUGGAAAUGGUAAGCCAAUUAGGCAUUCACCUUGAAGGAAUUUCAAUAGCAUUUUUUUUUAAAGGCAAAUGAUGAUCAUCAAGGGUAUACAUAAACUUAAUUUGUAUCAUUAUCUUGUAAAAGAUCUUAAUUUUCUCAAUAAAAAUUAAUAUACCAUGUUGCAGUUGUU